GUGAGUUUUUCAGGUAAUGCUUCUUGCGUGACGUAUAAUUUAAUGGACGGGGCGGGAGGCUUCUUCAACAGCGACAAAAGGCCUCUGAUUCAACCAACGCGGUGGUUUGCUAGCGAACAUAAAACCGGAGCAUUUAAGCUCUUUAAGCUCUUUAGACUAAUCUUGUGUGUAUUAAUCUUGGUGUUUAGAACACAAUUCUGUUUACGUAUCUACUAGUUCAUUUUAACGUAAUUUGCUUCUUAAAUUAGCGAAUGUGUUAACUUCAUACUGCACCAGGCUAAUCGCCCAGAGCAUAAACUCACUAAACUAGACGGAGAAAAGAAGUUCUGGUGAAAGGAGAGGAAGAAGCUUUCAGAAUGAAAAAGGAGGAAGAUUCCGUAACAUUGAAGGAGGAGAAUGUAGUGAAAGAAGAGGAAGAACCUUUUGGAGUAAAAGAGGCAGAGGAGGCUAUCUCAAUAAAAGAGGAGGAAGACGUUUUAGGAGUGAAAAGGGAGGAGGAGUCGUCAGAAUAUCCGAUUACCAUCAGAGAGAGACAUGACUAUUGUGGAUCCUCUGGGGAGCCUCAACAACAUCCUGAUGCUGAUGAGUCAGAGAAGAGUCUCUCCAGAUCAGAACACCAGAUGGACAACGCUAGCCCUUCCUCCCUCCUGGAGUCCCCGUGUCGUGCCUCUCCCGGUAGCACCUUACUGCUGGGUAUGAAGAGGUUGUCUGUGCUGCUGGUGGACUGCAGGAAAACAACAGGGCUGAGUGGAACUGUGAGAGGAGGAGAAGAGAAGAAAGGAUCAGAUUUGACUCAUCAAAGAGAAAGACCAGACUCCGAGGAAGAGCCAGAGACGUCCAAACCAGCAAGAGGACACCACUGCUCCCACUGUGGAAAGGGUUUUAAACAGUUACGGGACCUGAAACAACAUGAGAGAAUACAUACAGGAGAAAAGCCGUACCACUGCGCCCAGUGUGGAAAGAAUUUUAACCACAAAGGAUACCUGAAACAACAUGAGAGAAUACAUACAGGAGAAAAGCCAUACCACUGCUCCCAGUGUGGAAAGAGCUAUAACCAGAGAGGAUACCUGAAAAAACAUGAGAGAAUACAUGCAAGGAGUUUCAACCAGAAAGGACACCUGAUCCAACAUGACAGAAUACACCCAUGUGUGAAGCCAUACCACUGCUCACAGUGUGCAAAGAGUUUUACAAGGUUAGGGGGCCUGAAAAUUCAUGAGACAAUACAUACAGGAGAAAAGCCGUACCACUGCUCCCAGUGUGGAAAGGGUAGUAACCACUUAAGUGGCCUGAAAAGACAUGAGAGAAUACACACAGGGGAGAAGCCUUACCACUGCUCCCAGUGUGGAAAAAGUUUUGCCCAGUUAUGUAACCUGAAAACACAUGAGAGAAUACACACAGGGGAGAAGCCUUACCACUGCUCCCAGUGUGAAAAGAGUUUUAAGGAGUUGGGUAACCUGAGAAGACAUGAGAUAAACCACACAGGAGGUAAGGGUGUAGGCUGUUGAACAGUAUGACAUAGGACAGAUGUAGGCUUCUGAACAGUAGGUCAUAGGACAGGAGAAUGCCCAAUACAUGGUGGGACAGAUGAGUCCAAAUUUAAUUCCAACCACCAUGUCUUUGUGAGAUGCAGAGUAGGAUCUCCGCAUGUGGGGUUCCCACCGUGAAGCAUAGAGAAGGAGGUGUGCGGGUGCUUUGCUGUUGACACUGUCAGUGAUUUUAUUUUCAGUUUAUGGCACACUUAACCAGCAGCUACCACAGCAUUCUGCAGCGAUAUCCCAUCUGUUUUGGACUUAGUGGGACUAUCAUUUGUUUUUCAACAGGACAAUGACCCAACACACGUCCAGGCUGUGUAAGAAAACAUGUGGAAAUGCUUGAACCAAUUUCUCAUCUGCAAUUUUGAUUUCUGGGUUGUCUACUACCUCUAACACAGGAGUCACAUUGCUAUUAGGGAAUGAUAUUGCUGGUGGUAACGUUACUCCUGUGUUAGAGGUAGUAGACAACCCAGAAAUCAAAAUUGCAGAUGAGAAAUUGGUUCAAGCAUUUCCACAUGUUUUUCCUGCUUGUGUCUUAACGAGGGCACAAUCUCGCAAGCUUGGAGAUGUGGUGGAUUUGGCUAGUUCCAUUUUUGAGAAUGUUGAAGUAGAAGACAAUGCACCGAGUAUUCCUUCUGCAAGUCCGACAGUUUUUACUCCUGUAAAAACUAAGGCAGAGGACUGCGAAAUCGCACCCCAAUUACAUGACAUUCUUUUGUCUGUCACCCCUGAGAAGGUGAUUGAAUGUCAAAAAAGGAGACACCAGUCUUCGCAAGUGUUUUGCUUCGGUAAUUUCCAUUGAGGAAGCUAAAACUAGAGAGACUGCCUACUUUAUGGAAGCAGGAGUUUUGAUGCGUAAAUGGGCAGCUCAUGACACCGUUAAUGACUGGAGUGAAGUGUGUCAAGUGGUUGUUCCUACACCGUUCCGACAGCAGGUGCUGUCACUCGCCCAUGACCAGGCGUGGUCUGGACAUUUGGGGAUCACAAAGACUUAUAACCGGGUCCUUCGUAAUUUUUUCUGGCCAGGUUUGAAGUCUGACGUGGUCCAAUUUUGUAAAACGUGUCACGUAUGUCAACUCACUGGGAAAUCGAAUCAAACAGUUCCUAGAGCACCGCUCUACCCGAUUCCUGUGGUGGGGGAACCGUUUUGAAAGAGUGAUAGUUGAUUGUGUAGGUCCGUUGCCGAAAUCCAGGUCAGGUAACCAGUUCCUAUUAACAAUAAUGUACAGAUAGCCUAUAUGAAGGGCUCAGCGAAUGUGGUUGCUGACGCUCUAUCACGGGUUUACUAACUGGGGAAGCGUUGGUUUUUGUUAUUACAAACUGUAUGUUUGCAAUUUUUGUGGUGGGCGUGUUACGUUCCCCAGUUUCUGUGUUCUGUUUUGUAUUUGAGUGUGUGUUUCAGGAGAUGGCUUCCGGAAGUACUCCCCAACCAGCUGAUUGGUCUACCCCAGGCUAAUUGAUGAUUGGAGCUGACCCCGCCCCCUCGUCAAGAAGCAGCUGACACUAAUCACCAUUGUCACCUGAAGAUAAAAGCCAGUGUUCUGCCCCAAGAGAUGGGAGAGAUUGAGAGUAGAGAGAGGAGAGAGAUGAGAUAAGGAGUAGAGAUUUGGAGAUUGAGAGAGAGAAAAAUUAGAUUGUGAUAUAGUUAUUUGACAAAGGAGAGUGAUGGAGUGCUGCAUCAGAUGACCUGGCCUCCACAAUCACCUGACCUCAAUCCAAUUGAGAUUGUUUGGGAUGAAUUGGACCACAGAGGUUAGGAAAAGUGGCCAACAGCAUUAUCAGCAUGUGUUGGAACUCCUACAAGACUGUUGGAAAAGCAUUCCAGGUGAAGUUGGUUGAGAGAAAGCCAGGAGUGUUGCAAAGCUGUCAUCAAGGCAAAAGGUGGCAAGUUUGAAGAAUCUAAAAUAUAUUUUGAUUUAUUUAACACUUUUUUUGGUUACUGAUUCCAUAUGUCUUAUUUCAUAGUGAAAAUAAAGAAAAACCCUUGAAUGAG